AUGAAUUCAAGAACUCAUCACAGGACCAAAUAUAGCAGGUCCAUUCAUCGCAAUAAACUUAAGAAUAACACACGAAUCAUAACUAAUGAUGACUACGGGAUGCCCGACAUAAGUAUUAAAAAUACCCGAAUCUCCAGAAAAAUUAACUCAACUUCACGGAAUAAUAAGACAGAAUAUCACACUUUUAAUGAUUUUAGUCGAACUUCAAGGAUACCGAACUUAAAUCAAAAUUUGAGAAGGAAAAAGAGAAUGGAAUUGAAAUCAAUGCUAAAGCAACACCAAAGAGGUGGAUUUCAGCAAAAGUUUAUGAAUUUUGCUAAAAGUCCAUCUCCAGUAUUAUUAAGCAAACAUAAGCUACUUAAGACUGGAAUGUUCCAACCGAAGAAGAUUAAUGACUUUAAUACACUAAUCAAACGUCAGAAGCGGAUUAAAAUGAUGAAGAAAUUUCAGCAGCAAAAUAUCAAGAAAUUUGAUGAAAUGGUUAUAAAAAUCCAAUCGUUCUUCAGAGGUUAUAAAGCUCGGAAAAUUUACAGAAAAAUUCAAGCUGACAAAAACAGAAAAAUUAUAUUUUUGCAGCAUCGGUGGAAGGAAAAGAGAAGGAACAGAGCUGUUAAUGUAAUUCUAAAAUUCCUUCGUGGCUACCAGGAAUGGAUGAAAUACAGAUUACACAUAACUACUAUCCGCACAGAUCUAUACUUCAAAGGGUUACGGAAGCAACUUGAGAGGCAAAGUGUUGCUACAAUAGAAUGGGCAUUUCUGAGAUAUAAGGUAGAUUUCAGACCAAAAAUUCAUAGAAAAACGUUAAGAAAAUUGAGAAAAGGAUUAAAGACCAACAGUUCGAGUUUGAAAAACAGCAGAAACACUCUAUUUUUGCCGAAAGAGCUUGUAGAAGAAAGAAAGGCUCAAAAAGAGGAUCAAAAAGAGGUUCUAAUAGCCGUUAUUCUGUCAAAAGUGGGUUAGACAAUUCCAUAUACGAAGAAAAUCAUCCCAAUCCU